ACCCAAGAAUUCAACAUGAUGCAUCCAAGCCUUGUAGCUGCCUUCUUUUUCUUGCUGGGCUUGUCAUACUGUUUGACACUGCCUAUUCCUCAUGAAGACAGUGAUGAAUUCACAACAGAAGAUCUCCGGUUUGCAGAGCGCUAUCUAAAGACACAUUACAACCUACGUUCCAGUCCUGCUAACAUAAGAAGGAAGAAUGCCAACACAGUGGCAGCCAAACUUCGAGAAAUGCAGUCUUUUUUUGGGUUGGAGGUGACUGGCAUAUUAGAUGAAGAAACGUAUGAGCUGAUGCAACAGCCAAGAUGCGGUGUCCCUGAUGUGGGGGAAUACAACUUUUUCCCUAGAAAACUAAAAUGGUCAAAAAAUAAUUUAACAUACAGAAUUGUGAAUUACACCCGAGAUCUGACACGUGCUGAAGUGGACAGAGCAUUCAAAAAGGCAUUCAAGGUUUGGUCUGAAGUGACACCGCUGAACUUCACUAGAAUUCGUAGUGGUACUGCUGAUAUUAUGAUUUCCUUUGGAACAAAAGAACAUGGUGACUUUUAUCCUUUUGAUGGACCAUCUGGAUUACUAGCUCAUGCUUUUCCUCCUGGCCCAAAUUUUGGAGGAGAUGCCCAUUUUGAUGAUGAUGAAACCUGGUCAACUGAUUCCAGAGGAUACAACUUGUUUCUGGUGGCUGCCCAUGAGUUUGGUCACUCUUUGGGGCUUGAGCACUCCAGAGACCCAGGAGCUCUGAUGUUUCCUAUUUACACAUACACGGGCAACACUGGCUUCCUGCUUCCAGACGAUGAUGUGCAAGGGAUUCAAGCUCUCUAUGGUGCAGGAGGCAGAGAUCCCCACCACAAACACCCCAAAACUCCAGAGAAAUGUGAUGAAAAUUUGUCACUGGAUGCAAUAACAGAACUUCGAGGAGAAACGAUGAUCUUCAAGGACAGGUUUUUCUGGCGCCUACAUCCUCAGAUGGUCGAGGCAGAACUGGUGUUAAUUAAGUCCUUUUGGCCAGAACUUCCAAACAAGAUAGAUGCUGCUUAUGAAAACCCCAUAAAAGAUCAUGUGAUCAUAUUUAGGGGAAGGAAAUUCUGGGCUCUCAAUGGAUAUGACAUAAUUGAAGGCUACCCUAAAAAAAUAUAUGAGCUGGGAUUCCCCAAUGAGAUGAAAACAAUAGACGGGGCUGUCCACAUUAAAGACACCGGCAAGACUCUCUUUUUUACUGGAGACAAGUACUGGAGCUAUGAUGAAGAAAACCAAGUUAUGGAAAAAGGCUAUCCCAGACGAAUAGAGGAAGAAUUCCCAGGAAUUGGCAAUAGAGUGGAUGCAGUUUACCAAAAAAAUGGUUACAUCUACUUUUUCAAUGGACCACUCCAGUUUCAAUAUAGCAUCUGGAGCAACAGAGUUGUUCGUGUCUUGAAAACUAACUCCAUGUUCUGGUGCUAAUCGCUUUCUACAUGUUUAACAGGUUGCAGGCUGUAGAACAGUCUGUAGCAAAUGGAAAUACCAUUGUGGGAAGAAGGAUUUAUAGGUAAUGAUUCUGUGAACAAACUCUGUUCAUCUACCCCCCAAAGUUGUACUGUAUAUAUAGGAAUUAUAUAGCUUAUUUCAGUCUGGAACUGAAUUAAUUUAAUAGGAGGAGAGAGAAGAGAAUGAUUAGCAUUUCAAGGGACAUUAGACCAUAAAAAGUCAAUUCAGAAUUUAACAAGAUCCCCCUGCAAGAUGCUGAAUGCAUCCUGUGAGAUCACAAAUACACACAACUCCAGAAAUUUGAGAGUGAUUAGCAUAUUGCAAGAGGCUCUCAGCAUCUCUCAGGAACAGGCCGGUGCUGACUGCUAGUUAAGUAAUUAGAGCUAAUCCUGCCAUUCUUGAGAACAUUUCCAUUAGAAUUUAACGGUGUCCAACACACUAGCCACUAGCCACAUGUGGCUAUUUGGCUGGUUGACUGUGGCUUGUUGGCUUGAACACUGUGGUUAUUUGGCCAGUUGAGAGUGACUAGUUUGCUAUAGUGACUACUGCUUCAGGACUGGUUGGACACCACAACAUUAAAUCAUUGGGGAUUUCAUACAUGUAAAAAAUGGGCCAGGACAGCAAAACUGACACCUGGAGAGUGGAGACACCAACUUAAGAUAUUGUAGUUAUGCAAUGUGAAAAUGUUUGCAUACUGGCAUAUCUCCAUGGAAACAGCUGACCAUGACACUUUCACAGGAAGCCAGAGUGAGGAUGGAGAAACAGCAAGGUGCCUAAAAUCAAGUAGCAAAGGUAGAGAGAGGCUCCAAGGUAACCCUUCUCUGAAUGGUAUCAUGGAAACCAGGAAGAGAUGGCAAACACCAAGAGUUAUGAGAUACUCAGGAAAGGAGGCUGAAGUCUAGCACUAACAGAUCAAUGGAGAGCUCUCCAGGUCUGAUCCACCCCCUGCUGCAAACUAAUGCAGCUCCACUCAUGUUCACUGGAGUGAUGACAAAUUACAGCAGCUGAGAAUCUGACCAUCCAUUUCAAAAUACUGUUAAAAUUAUGGAUUUUGGUGUUUUUUAAGUCAAUGUUUCAAUAUUUAUUUCAGUUGUUCCAGUGCCUUAUGUGUUCACUGUUUUUUCAGUCAACCCAAACAAUGCAUGACUGUGGUUACUUUUCAACUUUAAAAGGUAUUAAAUAAACCAAAUGAAUAAAA